GUUCCAAGAUGGCGCCUCCUGAGGAGAGUGGUGAGGCCUCUGAGGAGUCUGAGCACGCUUGCGGCCUUCUGCGCGGCCUGGGCCUCCUGAGGGCGGAGCGGGCGCUGCUGGACGUGACCCUCUUGGCCGGGGGAGCCGAGUUCGGGGCGCACCGGGCGGUGCUGGCGGCCUCCUCGGGCUACUUCCGCGCCAUGUUCGGGGGAGGCCUCUUGGAGGCCCGGGCGAGGCGGGUGAGGCUGCACGGGGUGGAGGGAGAGUGCUUGGGCCGCCUGCUGGACUUCGCCUACUCGGGGAGAGUGUCCUCCUUGGGCCUGGACGACGAAGACGAGGACGAGGAGGCGUGCCUGGAGAGCCUGGCGGGGCGCUUGCUGAGGGCGGCGGAUCUCCUCCAGUUCCCGGCGGUGAAGGCGGCCUGCGCGGAGUGGAUCGCGGCCCGGCUGGACCCCUCCACGGCGCUGGAGACGGAGGACUUCGCGGAGACCUUCUCCUGCCCGGACUUGGCCGCCGCGGCACGGCGGUGCGUCUUGCGUCACGCCGCAGAGGAUGACGACGAGGAUGUGAUGUCGUCCUCCUCCUCCUCGAGGGGCCACCACGAAGUGGGCCCUGCCACCACCGAAGCCUCGGCCUUGACGUCCGCGAUGUGCCGCCUCCCGCUGUCCCGCUUUGUCUCCUACCUCGGCGCCGACGCCCUGCACGUGCGCAAGGAGGAGGCGGCCUUCUCGCUGGCGCUGCGCUGGGUGCGCUCCGACCCGCUCUUCCGCGCCCCGCUCCUCCCGCAGCUGCUCUGCCACGUCCGGCUGCCCUUCGUGCGCCGCUUCGCCCUGCUGGCCCGUGUGGAGGCCGCCCCGGAGGUGGCGCGCUCCCCCGCCUGCCGCCCCUUGCUGGCCGAGGCACGGCUCUUCCAAUCCGGACGGCUGGACCGACACGACCGCGGCCCCUGCGCCCGCCUCCGCCCCCGGCCCUCCACCGGCUUGGCUGAGGUGCUCGUCACCCUGGGAGGAUGCGACCGAGACUGCGAUGAGCUGGCCGCUGUGGACGCCCUGCUGCCCAAGAGCAAGACCUGGCGCUACCUGGCCGAGUUCCCCGAGCGCCUCGGCGGAGGGUACGCGGCCGUCGCACGUGGGAACGACAUUUACGUCACCGGGGGCUCAGAUGGCUCCCGCCUCUACGACAGCACCUGGCGCUACAACUCGGCCGUGAACGAGUGGACGGAGGUCUCGCCGAUGCUGAAGGCCCGGGAGUACCACAGUGCAGCGGUGCUGGACGGCCUGCUGUACGUGGUGGCGGCCGACAGCACUGAGCGCUACGACCCGGAGCUGGACGCCUGGGAGGCCCUGCGCCCCAUGCCCUUCCCCAUGGACAACUGCUCGGCCAGCGCCUGCCGGGGGAAGCUCUACGCCACAGGGUCCCUGGCCGGGAAGGAGGCCAUGGUCAUGCAGUGCUACAACCCCGAGGCCGACCUCUGGAGCAUGGUCAACUGCGGGCAGACGCCCCCCUGGUCCUUCGCCCCCAAGUCGGCCACCCUCAGCGGGAUGAUUGGCACCUUUGUGGCUCGAGGUGGGGUAUCAACACCAUUCCAACACCUUUGCUUUCCUCUCCACAGAGAUGACUCCGCUGAAGUGGACGUCUACAACCCGGCCAAGAACGAAUGGGACAAAAUUCCCCCCAUGCUCCAGGUUCACGUCGGGGGCAGCUUAGCAGUGCUCGGGGGCAAGCUGUACGUCUCGGGGGGCUACGACAACACCUUUGAGCUGUCCGGGCUAGUGGAGUCGUACGACCCGGAAACCCGGAAAUGGAGUGCCGCGGCCCAGCUGCCGGAGCCCAUCUUCUGGCACAGCAGCGUCAGCAUCUUCCGGCAGUUUUUGCCCGGCAGCCUGGACGAGGAGGAGGACGGCGGGGAGGAAGAGGCCCCCCUGGACAACGCCGCCAGCCUCCAGCGCCAGCAUCGCCAGAACCUCCACAGCCGGAAUCUGAACGAGUUGCGUUAACAGGAUUCAGGAGGAGGAGGGAGAGAUCCCAUCCACUUUUCUUGCGUGGCAAACCAGAGAAGAAGCGCCAUUCGCUUCUGGGAUUUGGGGGUCCUUCAGCCUUGCAACCUCAGAAACCUUCCUCCAGUGUCUGCCUUGUAGGAAUCGCAGAUGCCGAACAUCAUCGCAAUCCUUAGAGGACGGAUUAUUCCGGAGCACCAGACUGUAAACAGAUGGAAAAGCUCCCCAAAGGCCUCAUUGGGAGGAGAGGGUCCCCAAACUCUCCUUCUCGGCAAAGGAUCCCUUAGAUCUGGGGAUCGUUUGGUCCUCGAAACUCAAAAGUUAUUGUGUUGUUAUAGGAGUAGCAGAUCUAUGCAGAUGCGUGUUGUAAUAGAACAGGAAGCUGACUGUGCUCGCCUGUGUCCCGUUGCUCAACCUGGGGGUCGCGACCCCUGCAGGGGUCAUGAAGGGGUGUGAGAGGGGUCGCCAAAGACCAUCAGAAAACACGGUAUUUUCUCUUGGUCAUGGGGGGGUUCCGUGUGGGAAGUUUGGCGCACUUCUAUCAUUGGUGAGGUUCAAGGGGCUCUUUGAUUGUAGGUGAACUAUGAAUCCCAGCAACUACAACUCCCAAGUGUCAAGGUCUAUUUUCCUCAAACUCCUCCUGUGUUCACAUUUGGGCAUAUUGAGUAUUUGUGCCAAGUUUGGUCCAGAUCCAUCCUUCUUUGAGUCCAGUGCUCUCUGGAUGUAGGUGAACUACAACUCCCAAACUCAUGUCAAUGCCCGCCAAGCCCUUCCAGUGUUUUCUGCUGGUCAGGGGAGUUGUGUGUGGCAAGUUUGGUUCAAUUCCAUUGUUGGUGGAAUUCAGUGGACUCAAACAAGCAAGACCUUACCCUUCAAGAGCCAUUACUCACCCCACAGAGUUCAAGGAUGGCAAAGCCAGCGGACCGGAUGGGACCAAACUCUACACGAAUACUCAAUAUGCCCAAAUGUAAACACUGGUGGGGUAUGUGGGAAAUAGAAUCUUGACAUUUGGGGGUUGUAGUUGCUGGGAUUUAUAGUUCACCU